AUGCCAGAUAGACUGGAUGGACUGACUGGCUCCUGUAUGCAAAUCCCAUGUUCAUUUGAUAUUCCUGGACAAAAUAAGUAUACAUUCAACAGUGCAAUACUAACCUCUGGAGUCUGGACUAAAGAAUCCCCAUACUUUGAUGUGUGUCCUGACAGGGUGAUAUUUAACAGUAGUGAGACGGUCAACAGAUUUCAAGGGACGAUAACUGGAAACAUGUCCCAGAAGAACUGCACAACAGUCUUCUUCAAUGUAACCACCAAUUACACUAAUAUAUUCUACUUUAGGAUUGAGAGUCAACCAUUCCGUGCAACAGACAUUGAAAAGUCUGUUGAUAUAGUUGUCAGAGAUUUGCCUUCCAGCCCCAUCCUUACUGUCUCAGGUGAGGUGAAGGAAGGGACCUCUGUCAGUUUGAACUGCUCUGCUGUCGCUCCCUGUCCUGAACACCCCCCUGAGCUGACAUGGACUCUCCCAACACAGUUCACAACUGAGAACCAACUGCAGAACUCCCCGGUUGGGACAGUGUGUGCUAACCAGGCCACAGCCGGAGAGGAACCAGAGGAACCUGCAGAAGACCAGCCUGAAGAGAUCCACUACGGUGACAUAGACUUCUCCAAACUACGACCCAAAGAGACGCCAGCUGCAGCCCAGGACAGGGUCCAGGGACAGGAGAGUGAGUACGCUGAAGUCAAUGUGACCGGGAGAGGGGACCAGGAACCACCACUUAACAACCUAGAUGGACUUUAUGCACAAGUGAAUUAA